AUGGCAGACAUUGACGCUAUAAAUGUUGAUAGCUUUGACGGUGGUUUACUUAAACAAGUGAUUAUAAAGAAUUGCAGUUGGUAUGCUACAGAAUCCAUGCUGACACGUCGUGUCAGACAGUCGGCAUCACCCAGCAUCUCCAAAAUUAGAGCAGCUCCCUUAGCUAUUCAUCUUAUUACUAACUUUCUACCUGUGAAUCCAUGA